AUGCCUUGUUCUUAUUCGUAUUGUACCACAAGAGGUAUGCUAUUUCUUAACUCUACCAGUCUUGUUGCUUUGCUUCAUUCUCAAUCCUCAAACCCAAGCAAAUGUAGAGAAACCCAGCUAGGAAAUGGGCCCUCAAAGCCCAGAGUGAGUAGUGUUGAGGACGUCUUGAAGGUGUUCGAUGAAAUGCUUCACAGGCGUCCUCUGCCGUCUGUUGUCCGCUUCAAUCAACUCUUGGGCCAACUUGCCAAACAGAAACACUAUUCUGCAGUCCUCUCUUUGAAUAGGCAAAUGGGUCUCAUCGGAAUCUCUUCUGAUGCUUACACUCUAACCGUUGUCAUCAAUUGCUACUGCCAUUUGAACCAAAUGGGGUUUAGUUUGUCUAUCUUGGGACAAUUCUUUAAAUUGGGUCUUCAACCAAGUGUCUUCACCUUCAACACCCUAAUCAACGGAUUUGUUCUCGAGAAUCAAGUGGCUGAGGCAGCACGACUUUUCAGCAAAAUGGUGGAGCAAGGUAACUGUCCGCCGGAUGUAGUUACUUUCAACACACUAAUAAAGGGCUUUUGCUUGAUGGGAAACAACAGGGAAGCUAUUCAGUUACUUGGAAAGAUGGAAGAAAGAGGAUGCAAGCCUAACAUAGUUGCCUAUAGCACCAUCAUCGACAGUCUUUGUAAGGAUACACUAGUUGAUGAAGCGUGGAACCUCUUAUCAGAAAUGAUUGCUGCAGGUAUUGCUCCAGACGUUGUUACUUACACUUGUUUGAUUCAAGGAGUUUGCAAUAUAGGCCGGUGGAAAGAAGCUACAAGGUUGUUGAAUGAAAUGGUGAGUCAAAAUAUCUUUCCGAAUCUCCUCACCUUCAAUGUCUUGGUUGAUGCACUUUGUAAGCAGAGAAUGGUCGCGGAAACCAAUAGUGUCAUUGAGAUGAUGAUUCAAAGAGGAAUUGAACCUAACAUGAUUACAUACAAUUCCCUUAUGGACGGUUACUGUUUGCGAGGAGAAAUGGACGAGGCGAAACAAGUUUUUGAUCUUAUGAUUAGCAAGGGCUCCAUGGUUGAGGUUCAGAGUUGUAACAUAUUGAUUAACGGAUAUUGCAAGGGUAAAAUGAUCGAUAAGGCUUACAAUAUUUUCAGGGAAAUGCCUCUUAGGGGUCUUGUUCCUGAUAUCAUUACUUAUACCACUCUUAUUGAUGGCUUUUGUAAAGCGAGGAGACUACAAGAAGCAGAAAAGUUGUUCUCCGAGAUGCAAGGUUGUGGCCAACAUCCAAAUAUUCGAACUUAUGCUGUUUUACUUGACGCCCUAUGUAGCAACCAGCAACUUUCAAAGGCAAUAGAAUUGCUUAGAGAGAUGAAGGACAAGAAGUUGGAACUAAAUAUUGUAGUUUACACUAUUAUCAUUGAAGGUUUGCUGAAAGCUGGGAAAGUUGAAUCUGCAACAGAGGUCUUCUCUAGUUUGUCAUCAAAAGUAGUUCAGCCUAAUGUGUGGACAUACAAUGUCAUGAUUACGGGACUUUGUAACGGUGGCCUCUUAGUUGAAGCGGAAAAGUUGUUUAGAGAAAUGGAACAAAAGGGCUGUUCUGCUGACGGCUGGACCUAUAACUCAAUUAUCCGGGGGUUUAUCAAUAAUAAUGAAGCAUCAAGGGCUAUGGGACUUAUUCAAGAAAUGGUCGAGAGGGGUUUCUCUGCAGAUGCAUCAACUACGGAGUUAAUAGUUAAUUUAUUGUCUAAGGAUAGAGUAGAUCCCUCUUUGUUGCCAUUGUUGAAAAAUUCAUGA